AUGACAGCGACAAUGGAUGUCGAUAACUUGAUGAGCCGUCUGCUCAACGUCGGAAUGUCUGGUGGACGAUUGACAACUUCUGUCAACGAACAAGAACUUCAAACAUGUUGUGCCAUUGCCAAAUCGGUAUUCGCUUCUCAAGCGUCACUUCUCGAAGUGGAACCGCCCAUCAUCGUAUGUGGAGAUAUUCAUGGACAAUACUCGGAUCUUCUUCGUAUUUUCGAUAAGAAUGGAUUCCCACCAGAUGUGAAUUUCUUGUUUCUCGGAGACUAUGUAGACCGUGGACGUCAGAAUAUUGAGACAAUUUGUCUCAUGUUCUCUUUCAAAAUCAAAUACCCGGAAAACUUCUUCAUGCUCCGUGGAAAUCACGAGUGUCCAGCAAUAAAUCGUGUUUAUGGAUUCUAUGAAGAAUGCAAUCGUCGCUACAAAUCGACGCGUCUCUGGUCCCAAUUCCAGGAUACAUUCAAUUGGAUGCCUCUAUGUGGUCUCAUUGGUUCUCGUAUUCUCUGUAUGCACGGCGGUCUUUCUCCACAUCUUCAAUCUCUUGAUCAACUUCGUCAACUUCCACGUCCACAAGAUCCACCAAAUCCAUCGAUUGGAAUUGAUUUGCUUUGGGCUGAUCCUGAUCAAUGGGUUAAAGGAUGGCAAGCGAAUACACGUGGAGUAUCCUAUGUCUUUGGACAAGAUGUUGUCACUGAUUUGUGCAUGAAACUUGAUUUAGAUCUAGUUGCACGUGCUCAUCAAGUUGUUCAGGAUGGUUAUGAGUUCUUUGCUUCCAAGAAGAUGGUUACUAUCUUCUCGGCUCCUCAUUACUGUGGACAAUUUGAUAACUCUGCUGCUACUAUGAAGGUCGAUGAGAACAUGGUCUGCACAUUCGUCAUGUACAAACCAACUCCAAAAGCUCUUCGUAAAGGAUAG